AAUAUUUGACUGUUCCAUUGUGUUUUAAUUGUUCCAUCCGAAAUUUCAAAAAUGUAAACAACUUGAACAAGAAAUUGAACAAUGUUGCACAGUUGAAUUGUCAUGUUUUGAAUCAAAGCAAAUUAUCAGUGGAUGGAUAUUAUCGACAAGUGCGCUGUUUUACCUCGGAGUCAAAAGACAACUUAGAAUGCGCAACAUUAUUGGAAAAAUCACCCUCUGAGUUUGUGACAUAUUUGCAAAAGUGUAAAAUAAAGAGAUGUCACAUUAUUUAUGAUCGUCAAAGCAAAAAGGCGAAAGCUUCACAUAGAGAACUACAAGAAUUGGCUGAUUACAUGAACGAAGAAUCAAAUGAAGCCUUUAAGGAUCAUGAAGGUAUUUUCUUCCAAGUUGGAAUGCGGUCAGGAUGUCUUCUAAGUGCAUUUCUAUGGAACACAACAAGGGGUCAAGCGGUAGGGGGCAUACGACUUUGGAGGUAUAAGACUGUUGUCGACUAUUUGAAAGAUGGACUGAGACUCUCACAUGCCAUGGGAAUCAAAUCUGCACUUGCUGGCCUUUGGAAUGGAGGAGGCAAGGGGAUUAUUGCUGAACCACCUGAAAAUCAGCAUCUUGUGCCAGACUUCAGACAGAAAAUGUUUUUCGACUAUGGAGAUUUCCUAACCUCUCUUAAUGGUUGUUUCAUUCCAGGAGAUGGCGCUGGGAUCUGCCCCCAGGACAUCAUGUUGAUGUAUCAGCGUAGUCGCUAUGUGUCCCAUGUUUCCAGUGACAAUGGUGGCCUAGGGAAUCCCUCGGAGUACACUGCUUAUGGUGUGGUUUGUGCCAUGGAGGCUGCCCUAGAUUUCCUGGACAUGGGUUCGCUUGAUGGGAAGACAAUAGCUAUCCAGGGGACAGGCAAUGUGGCAACGAUCUUGAUUGAGGACCUGUUGGAAAAAGGGGUGGAACACAUAUAUGUCACUGAUUGCAACCAGAAGCGAAUUGAUGAUGUCAAUGAUGCAUUUGCUCAAGUCGGAAGAGAUAGGCUGGUGACCCAGAAAGUGCCCAUUGAUGAUAACAGUGUCUUGGCCUACCCCUGUGAUAUCCUGUCCCCAUGUGCAGUUGGAAACGUGUUAACAAAGGAGACUAUCCCACAGAUUCAUGCUAAAAUCGUGUGUGGUGCCGCCAAUAACCAGUUAGGCUGUGACAAAGAUGAUGAACUACUAGCUGAAAAUGGUGUCACAUACAUCGUUGAUUCUCUUGCUAACAGAAUGGGCAUUGUUCAAUGUGCUAGUGAGAUUUAUGGACGUCUGCCUAAUGACCCUGCUAUCUUGAGGCACUUUGACAAAACCUGGGAAAAUUCGAUUUAUGUGAUGGUGAAGAGAAUACUUCAGACAGCUAAGGAUGAGAAUAUCACGCCAGCUGUAGCCGCUACACGCAUUGCAGACACACUCAACCUCGAGCCCAACCCCAUCUGGCCAAACAGGGCCCAUCUUAUUGUAGAAUCUCUCGUCAAGGAUGGAUGGAGUGAACAUAAUGACUUUUGUAGACAUCGUACAAGUUUCCCAGGCACAGCACUCCAAGAUGGUGUUGAGUGUGCAGCAUAGUGUGACAUUGUAGUUUAGUGUGACUACAUAGUAGUGUGAUGUCAAAGUAAAGUAAUAACAUCAUGGUAUAGGGUGACACUGUAUCGCAACAUUACAUGGUAAUGAACAAUGUUGAGACAGUGUUCUAGCUUGAAAUAUUGCCUAAAAUUAUGGUAUAUUCCCUUGCUUACAAACAUGUACAUUUGAAAUUUUAAAUACAUUUUAUGCAUUUGUGUAUCAAACGCAAUUCAAGAGCAGCAUUAGUUCUAACAUAAAGUAAAAGCUGAAUCUCAAUUUUUCCACUGCUAUUCAAAUAGCUGAAAUUAAUUGCUUGUUGUUUCUCCAUAUAUAUUUCUUGUAUUUUGAUUGACAUUGUCUAGUUUAUUGUAUAUUAAAACAGUAUUUGUAUAUUUGCAUCCUGAUUGUGUCUAAAUGGACAAUGACACAUUUUGUCUAUGUAAUUCACAUUUUGUUUGCUUGAUAACACAAUUUGUCUAGAUGAUAAAUUGUGUCUAAAUGAUAACGCAUUGUGUCUAAAUGAUAACACAUUGUGUCUAAAUGAUAACGCA